AAAUUGUGGGCGCGAAUUUGAGAGUGCGGCACCUUUAACCGGCUGGUCGUCCAGCGCCUUGCCGAGCUGUAUGUCACGUUGGAGUUAAAUACACCAGUCAUGUAUGUAGUAUUCUGGCACUGAAACAAUGAGGCAAGUGGGCAGCGCACAUAGCCCUUGGAACUCCGCCCGCAGUGUCGCCACCUCGGGUGCCGCGAGCCCUGCCAGCAGCAUUGAAGAUGGAUUGCCACAACAACCACCUGCUGAGCAUCGCGCCACUCGCUCGCGGCUCGGCCGGAUAGUGCCGGGGAAACAUUGGAGAAAUAUUGCAGAAGACUCGGGCGACUCAUCAGACUCAUCAAAGAAACCAGUAUAUGUGGCAAGACGGCGCACCCAAGAUGGCGGUCUCAGCAACUGGGCCGAGCAGCGGCGACGAAGUGAUGAUGGGGGGCUUUCUGCAAAUUGGGCUGAAGCAGCCGCAGCCCGGCAUCGCCUGGCUAGCAUGCAUCCGGACUGGUCCGAUACUGGCGACUUUCAUGAGUUGCCUGGGAUGCACGGCGUCCUUGACCACCGUCUGCCCACAGAGGCGGACUUGCCCUUCGAUGGGGACCACCUGCAGGCGCGCCGAAUGUCCAUGCCUGGGGAAUUGCAGGGGAUAGGCCCCGGCCCCAGCUUCUCCUUCCCCCCCGUGCACCCCAACGCCAUGCCGCCGCCCCCGGGCGCCUCGCUGGGCCCCCACCAGCUGCGUGGCGCCGGCGGCAGCGUCGAAAUCGGGAGCCCCCGAGCCGGCCACGGCCACGGCCACGGUUACAGCAGCCCAGGCGGCCCGAUCAGCUCCGUACCCAACGGUGGCGGCGGCCCUCCCUCACGCCUGGCGUGGACCACCUCCGCUCCAGUGGCCAGGAUAGAAGCAGCCAUGGCGGCGGCGGAGGCCGCCGAAGCAGAAGCCGCCGACGGCUAUCCACACGUCAGCGCGGGUGGCGGCUACGGCCACGGGAUGCACGGACUGCAUGGAAUGCACGGGCUGCAUGGAAUGCACGGGCUGCACGGCAACAGCUAUCGCAGCAGCCCAGGCGGCGCAGGCGGUGGCGGCGGCGGCGGCGGCGGCGCCGGAGGACGGUCGGGGAGCCGGCUUGGGAGCCCCGCCACUAGCAUCGGAGGUGGGCUCGGCAGCGCCGGCAUCGCCCCGAGCGGCGGCGGUGGCGGCGGCGGCGGCGGUGGCGGCGGCGCCACUCGCUUCAGCUCUGGCGGCUAUAGCGGCCGCCGCAGUCUGGGUGGCCUGGCCGGCGCUGGCGGCAGCGGGGCCUUCGGGGGGCCCUUCGCGGGGCCGCUCUCGCCGCACGUGAUGUCGCCACGCUACCCGCUGUCGCGUGCCACGACGCCGAUGCAGAGCGGGCUGCCCACCCCCCGCUCCUCCAUGAACGGGUACGGCUCACCUAGCGAUUACGGCGGCGCCAGCGGCGGCGCGACUGGCGGCGGCGCGGGUGGCGCGGGUCUGACGGACACGGCCUCCACUCGGGCGCUGGCCAAGGCGCUGUCUGGAGUGGAGCGGGGCCUGGACACGCCUCUAUGGGUUAGGCGGCUGCGCCUGGCGGGUCGGCUGUUGCUGGCGGCGCUGUUUGCCAACCUGCUGGCACAGGAGCUGAGCGAGUGGCGCACUAUCAAGGGGUAUGGCUGGCGGGAGUGGUACGACUUGUCCUGGGUGGCGGACGAAGUGCCGCCGCUGCCGGCCAUGCUCAGCGGGCUGGCGCUGGUGGCGCUGCUGGCAGGCACUUACACCAGCCUGGCGGCGGGCUGGCUGGCGGCGCGGUUGGCAGUUCAGUGCUUCGAGCUGUGGGAAGAGAUUGUAGCCGUGCUGCAGGAGCAGACCAGCAACAUGUUGCCGGUCAAGGAGCUGGCGGUGGUGGGCACCGUCAUUGUGUUCAUUGGCCACACCUACUAUGUACCGGACUGGGUGCGGGACUGGGCGCGCGGGGGCGGCGCCAAGGCGAAGGGCAAGGGCAAAGCAAAAGGCCUGAUGUACACGCAGCAGUGGCGGCCGGGCCAGCAGCUCAUCAUACUGGUGGGCCGGCUGCUCGUGGCGCCGCUGUUCAUCAGCAUAUGCGCGCUGCAGUACUACGACAUCACCAGCACCGCCGAGGGCCUGUCGCGCUGGAAGGCCCGGCUGCUGCACGCGCGCCACUGGCUGCCGCCCGGCGACUCAUCCACCAACAACUGGCUGCCAGCGCAGGCGGCCGCCUACGUGCUGCUGGUCACGGGCAUGAGCAACAAGCGAGUUCCGGCGCUGCUCGCGGCGUUGCUUGUGGCCGAGGCCUUCACCUGCUGGCGCUUCUGGGCGUCUGUUUGGUUGUCCAAGCACUACGUCUGCUACCUGCGGCGCCACUUCUCAGCCAACCUGGCCAUUGCCGGCGGCCUGCUGCUGAACCUACCCCAGGGCCGACAUGACGCCGGGGCCGGGCAGGAGGCUGCGGAGCUGGUGGGCAAGAAGCGUUCAUGAGGGCAGAAGAGGGGAGGGGAGGGCAGGGGAGGAGAGCGGAGGAGAGCGGAGGAGAGGAGAGGGCAGGGCCAUGUUCUGGGCCGUGCGUCGGUCGGUGUGCCCGACACAGCGUGCAAAAGCAGGGUUUGACACUGUGUCACAGUGUGUCACAGCAAUUACAACGAACUGCAUGGGUCACAUACGGAAAUGAAAGCAAACUUACAUUUAUGCAGUACUGAUCUUAUUGUGUGGUACCUGUUAGGUGGGAUAUAGGAGGGUACGAGGCUGGGCGUGACCACCCUUACCAAAGGUGCCCCCAAAUUUAAGCAGGAAUGUGCGCAGGCGGUAGCGUUGACAGGUUGACUUAGCAAGAGCCGUGUCUUUCGGACCGGGAAGUGCAGGGAAACUGCAGGGGAUCUGCAGAGGGAACUGCACACGCGGGUGUUACUGAAGGUGGGCCCACGAGGAGAGGGCAGAGGCCGUGUGUAUAUGCGGCACGUGAUUCAUAUUUGGUCAGGGGAGCAUGCACCAUGGGACGGCCUCCCCUGGCAUGCACCCUGUCGUGGAUGAAUGGAUAGGACAUGACACGGGCGCGGUGUCACUGCAUCGUUGGCUGGUGUUGGCAUGCAAUCCUGCAUCUGAGUGAGCAAGACUGUAGGAAGGCGCCUCACUUGGGGUCCUGUGGGGUCGUGUCGUCCGUUGCUCCCGGUGUAUGUAAAGGGUGUAAAGGGUGUUGCAGUCAAUUCUGCGGCAAUCGGCCUGCGUGUGGCGCCUUGCCUGCUGCUUCCGACUUCCGACCUCCCCGGGUUCCGGGCAUCCCUUACAUGUGAGAUGUGAUGCCCCCAUGUCCUCGAGUGAGGGGAGCGCAAUAGAUGCCCCGUGGCUAGUGGCGGGCUGGCUGCAGGGCAAGGCAGGUACAGGCAACAAGAAAUCGCUC